AAUUCUCGUGCUUGUUGUCGAUCUGUCAAAACCACUUCCAAACCGUGAAUUAUUUGUUUAUUGAUUAAACACAAGUUGUUAAUCAUCGUUUAAAUGUAAGAAUAAACUUUAGAACCAAACGAACUAAAACAAAAAUGUUCAAGAAUACUUUUCAGUCUGGUUUCCUAUCGAUUCUUUACAGCAUAGGCAGCAAACCUUUGCAAAUUUGGGACAAAAAAGUUCGCAAUGGGCACAUAAAGAGGAUAACAGAUAACGAUAUACAAAGCCUGGUGCUCGAAAUCGUGGGAACGAACGUCAGUACCACGUACAUAACAUGCCCGGCGGAUCCAAAGAAGACCCUUGGAAUAAAGUUACCUUUUUUGGUUAUGAUAAUAAAAAAUUUAAAAAAGUAUUUCACUUUUGAAGUUCAGGUGCUUGAUGACAAAAACGUACGUCGAAGAUUUCGAGCCAGCAACUACCAGUCUACAACAAGGGUUAAGCCGUUCAUCUGUACUAUGCCCAUGAGGUUGGACGAAGGCUGGAACCAGAUACAGUUCAACUUGGCUGACUUCACACGAAGAGCUUACGGCACUAACUAUGUUGAGACCUUAAGAGUCCAAAUACAUGCAAACUGCAGAAUAAGAAGAGUUUAUUUCUCCGACAGAUUGUAUUCAGAAGAUGAGCUCCCAGCAGAGUUCAAAUUGUUCCUUCCAAUUCAAAAUAAAGCCAAAGUAGCAGCAGCAACUUAAACA